AAAAUCAGUCGGUGUUGAAUUUUCGUAAGUUGUGUGUCGAAUGUACGUCAAAUUUCUUCAUGAUCCAGGGUCGGAACUUUAAAAAUUUGAAAGUGACAGAUUCCCCGUUGACUCUCACAUCAUUAUUAUGUAAUUUCAUGGUUGCCUUGUUGUUAUAAUGACCGGUAGACGUGCGUGAUUAGUGGUGGUGUAGUGUAGGGUGUAAAAAUAAUGUAUAUUUGAGCUGAAAAGUGAAGUGAAACUGCAAAAUGGCGGACCUGGAAGCUGUAUUAGCUGAUGUCAGCUAUCUUAUGGCAAUGGAAAAAAGCAAAUGCACCCCAGCUGCGAGGGCCAGUAAAAAAAUUGUGUUACCCGAUCCUAGCGUGCGGAGUGUGAUGCACAAGUAUCUGGAGAAGAAGAACGAGGUCAACUUCGACAAAAUCUUCCAUCAAACAUUAGGAUAUCUAUUAUUUAAGGACUUUUGUGAAAACGUUUCGGAGGAACCAGUGCCCCAACUCAGGUUUUAUGAAGAGAUAAAGGCUUACGAAAAAUUAGAAUGCCAAGAGGAAAGGCUGAAGUGUGCUAGGGACAUUUACGACAACUUUAUUAUGAAGGAACUUCUGGCGAGGGCGCACGACUAUUCAAAAGAGUGCCUGCAGCACGUUCAAAGGCACCUAAUGAAAAACGACGUCCCCGUCACCCUCUUCGAGCCUUAUAUAGAAGAAAUUUAUAAUCAUCUAAGGGAUGAACCGUUUAAGAAAUUUUUAGAAAGUGAGAAGUAUACUAGGUUUUGUCAAUGGAAAAAUUUAGAAUUAAAUAUACAGCUGUCGAUGAAUGACUUCAGCGUACACCGGAUCAUCGGCAGGGGCGGCUUCGGCGAGGUGUACGGCUGCCGGAAGGCCGACACCGGCAAGAUGUACGCCAUGAAAUGCCUGGACAAGAAGCGCAUCAAGAUGAAGCAGGGCGAGACGCUGGCCCUCAACGAGCGCAUCAUGCUCUCGCUGGUCAGCACGGGCCAGGACUGUCCCUUCAUCGUCUGCAUGACGUACGCCUUCCACACGCCCGACAAGCUGUGCUUCAUCCUCGACCUGAUGAACGGCGGCGACCUGCACUACCACCUCAGCCAGCACGGCGUCUUCAACGAGUCGGAGAUGAAGUUCUACGCGGCGGAGGUCAUACUAGGUUUGGAGCAUAUGCAUAGGAGAUACAUUGUAUAUAGAGAUUUAAAACCUGCAAACAUACUACUAGACGAACACGGACAUGUUCGGAUAUCCGAUCUAGGAUUAGCCUGCGAUUUUUCCAAGAAAAAACCCCAUGCCAGUGUAGGUACCCACGGCUACAUGGCGCCUGAAGUAUUAUCAAAAGGUACCGCGUACGAUUCCAGCGCAGACUGGUUCAGCUUCGGCUGUAUGUUAUACAAAUUACUCAAAGGUCACUCGCCAUUUCGCCAGCACAAAACCAAAGAUAAGCACGAAAUAGAUAGGAUGACUUUAACGAUGAACGUCGAACUGCCCGAUUCAUUUAGCAAAGAACUGAAGUCUCUUCUGGAGGCGCUGUUGCAGAGGGAUAUCGAUAAACGGCUAGGAUGCAAAGGAAACGGUUCGGAAGAAGUGAAGGAGCACCCCUUUUUCGCGGGUAUAGACUGGCAACAGGUGUACCUGCAGAAAUAUACUCCGCCACUUAUUCCGCCAAGGGGAGAGGUCAAUGCGGCGGAUGCGUUCGAUAUUGGGUCUUUCGACGAGGAGGAUACCAAGGGUAUCAAGUUGACUGAUGCGGAUCAAGAGCUAUAUAAAAAUUUUCCACUUGUGAUAUCGGAAAGAUGGCAAAACGAAGUAGCAGAAACAGUAUUUGAAACGGUUAAUUUUGAGGCUGACAAAACGGAACACAAGAAGAGGGCUAAACAGAAGAAGCUGUAUGAUCUAGAUGAAAAAGAAUCGGAUUGUAUAUUACAUGGGUACAUAAAGAAACUGGGAGGGCCAUGGACGUCAAGUUGGCAGAUGCGAUACGCCAAAUUGUACCCGAAUAGGUUAGAACUUCAUCCGGACUCAGCUAAGCCCGAAUUAGUGUUCAUGGAUCAAAUAGAGGAAGUCAGCCCGGAUCUAGUGCAAGUCAAGAACGAGAACUGUAUAGUCGUCAGGAUGAGAGAUGGAAAGAUAGUCCUCACCAAUCCCGAUGAAAUAGGCCUAAAAGAGUGGCUCACCUCACUAAAAUCGGCGCACAAGCUCUCGCAGGAGCUGCUCGGUUCGAUGGCCAAGAAGGCGGGCAAAAUCUAUGGCACGGACUCGAACAACAGGAACGCCAUAAUAGCGGCGCGCAACACAAACGGCAACUAAUACCAGCUGAAAAAUCCUCCCUAGACAGAAUUAAAUUACCUCCAAUUAGUAGGUGAAGAGGAAGGCGAUUGUAAAUCAGGCUAUAAAAAAAAUUACCUAGAAGAUCUCUGAUUCUUGCAAUGUUUUUUUAGGCACUAUUAAUGUUGUUAGACGACCACCGAUUAGUUGAUUCGCAACCGUUUUAUAAAUUCGACCGCAGUUGCGAACGGUUUCGUAUUUGUUAAACAAAAGGAAGAUGAAGUAUCAUGACAAUUUACGUAUUUUUGUUAUAUUUAUAUUAAUUUAUGCUGUCUUAGGUAUUUGCUUGAGAGCAGAUGUAUAAUGUUAUAUAUAUAUGGUAGUUAUUUUUAUAGUAAUAUUUAUUUUGUGUUAUGAAAGCAAUGAGAAACUGUUCUGUAGUUGGAUUAGGGAGUAAUAAUCGACAAGAGAAAGUCUAAAGACAAAAAAAAAGGACUGAUGAACUAAAUUAUCAAAAUUUUUAAUUCGAAGGAAUUCUUGUUGUUAGGGAUUGUAAAUUUGUAAGCAAAGUUGCCAAAAUAAUAGAACGUGUUCGUGAAUAGUCUUCGUGUAGUUUAUUUUUAUAUAAAAAAAAAGUAAAUAUGUAGUCAAUCAUGCUUGGUGAAAACAAAAUUGAUUUACCAGUGUGUGACGAUCAGAACAUAUUUAAAGUUGAAAUAAAAUUCAAACAAUUGAUAAAACGAGGAUUAAACAAAUAUUUCGUUCGCACUGUUGUAUCUUCAAUUAAAACGUGUGUAACGCAGUUAACGGCUGUACCCACGGAUACAAUUAAUAAGUUCUUCAGUCACAUUAACAUGAAAUUUCGCUUUCAAUGUUCUUAAAAACGCCUAUUAAAUUCUCAUUUAUUAAUAAUACUUCGCCGUUAAAACAUCUACUCACAUUCCAUAAUAACGAACAGCAUUUCCCGUAAACUUAUUACUCUAUUAUCUAGUCAUUUUCAUAUAUAUGUAUAUCCACCAAAAAAAAAAAGUAUAUACGCGAUGCUAUAGUAACAUUUAGUCGUAGACGUAUCAUCUACAGAACAGUUUUUCCAUUAUUUAUUCUGUAAUUAUUGUAUCGAAUUAAAAACAAUUUUAUAAUUUUCACAUGUAUCUGAGUAACGUUAACUUGUAGAAUUGUUUUUAAUAAAAUUUUCUUUUUUGUAUAUUCCUGAACAGUAAAAGGUUCAUCUCACUGGUAAAAACACCAAGCUAACAACUUAGAAUAGCUUAAAAUGCCAGCACUAUUUGUACAUAUAUAUACUUGCUUCUCUGAUUUUUUUUUAACAUCGGUUCCAAUGGAGACAUUCCGACAGUUUGGGCGGUCUGAGGGCGAGUUAAGUCUGGCGUUCCGUGCAAUAAUUUCAAAAGAAUAAUUGGAAAUAAAAAAGGAAACAUCAGACGAACAUUCAGUGCUUGAAAGGCUAUUUUAACAAGUCUGACCUACUGGACAUUUGAACUACUAGGGCAAUUUGUCCAUAUUUUAUUAAAAAAUCUGGAUCAUUUAAAAAACUAUUAGGCUGAAACUUGGUGUGUUAGAUUCGUAAGGAAAUCUAAUGGGACUUCAUUUACUUUUUUUAUGAUUCCUGGUUAUGAAAAUAUAAACCACUAAUGGCGCUGUUCCAUAAUUUUCUUACAGAGUUAUAAAUUUAUAGUGAAAAAAAAAUCACAAUAUAGCAUAACGUUUACAAAAACAUUUAUAUCUGCUUUCUGUGACGUUCUAAGUAUAUCUGAUUAAUAUAUCAUUGAAUAUUAAUUGGUUACAUAAACUAAAAAGAUAUAUAUGUUGAAGGCAAUAUAGUACAAUAAAAUUGCUAGAGACAAUAACAAAAAGCACAGAACCCUGUAUAUUGCCUAAAAACAUCCACCGGGAUAUAUGUCAGCAUAUUAAACACUCAGGGGACUCUAUCGCAAAUAGGCAACCAGUAAUACAUUUUUAUAGAUUUUAUUACACAGUUUGCAAUUUGCCGCUUUUGAACGAGCGACAUCGUAAAUAACAUAUACCUUUACACCAAAAACUAAUUUGAGUUUCAAACUAAGUCUAUUUUAUAGAAAAUCUGUGUUAGAAUGGAGGAAAGUC